AUGGAUGCCUUUAUGGAAUCGUAUUUCCCAGUUCCAGCAUUAUCAUCGGAAAGUGUUCCGUUAGUAUGCAUUUUGACCACAAAUUGCAGCACAACCUCUGUCUUGAAUGCCGCUGCUGAAGCAGAAGUGAUGCUGGCUUCACUGAACCCGAAGAAGAAGGCCGGAAGGAAGAAGUUUAGGGAGACUCGACAUCCAGUGUACAGGGGAGUGAGAAUGAGGGAUAACGGGAAGUGGGUUUGUGAGUUAAGAGAGCCCAACAAUAAGUUGAGGGUGUGGUUAGGGACUCAUCCUACUGCUAUAAUGGCAGCAAGAGCACAUGAUGUGGCGGCGUUUGCUUUCAGGGGGCGACUGGCGUGUUUGAAUUUUGCUGAUUCAGUGUGGCGGCUGCCGAUCCCGAAGUCUAGCAGUAUAGUGGAUAUACAAAAGGCCGCUGCAGAAGCUGCGGAGGCUUUUAGAUACACGGAGGAUGUGGUGGAGAUUUCGGAAACGGAGGAGUUGCCGGAAAUUCUGUUUUUCGUGGAUGAAGAAGAUGUUUUCGAGAUGCCGGAGUUUUUUGCUAGCAUGGCGGAGGGACUGAUGGUUGCGCCUCCUCAGAUGGUGGGGUAUGGCGAUUAUGGGGAUGACGUGGAAUUUUGUGCUGACGAGUCAUUAUGGAGUUAG